AGAAGCAGAAGACCCAACACCUUGUACUUUCUUAAUUUUUUACUUUCGUUAAUUCGUUUACCUCAACUUAAGUGGUUGAGUUUUUACGAAUGUAAAAAAUGAUCUGACAGAUCUGACAUUCCCUCCCCUCGGGAAGCACGGAAGCACCCGAUCGAAAUCAGCUGCUCGGUGCUCGGCUGCUUUGUUCGGAGUUCGGGACUUCCUGACAAAUGGCGUAGGCUUUUUGUUUACGUCCUAUCCGUCAUCGUCUGUGUUUUCCCAUUUUUUUCACCGCAAUGGCCGAUUUAAAGUCAUUGGAACAUCCAACUUUGAAGGUUCCUUAUGAAUUGCUGAAUAAGAAGUAUCGUGCAGCAUUGAAGGGUAUUGAUCUUAAAGUGUCUCACGUUCGUUCAGCUGCAUUAGAACUUGAAAAAGGUCUCGCUGCUGAAACAGUAAAAGCUGGAGACAUAAGUCGGCUGCUUGGUGGGGUUGCUGAACACUUGAGUGUGAUGAAACGAAAGGCAGAAGAAAGUAUAUCAGAGGAACUUCAAGCUGGUUAUGUUUGUAAACGGCGCUUGGAACAUCUUCGUGAACAUGCUACUGGAGGUAGCCAGUGGCGGCGAAGUAGAUUAGAUCGUAUGCUUGUUGAAUAUUUCUUGCGCAAAGGCUACUAUGGAACUGCCACACGCCUUGCAGACACUUCCAAUUUGACAAAUCUGACAAAUAUUGAUGUGUUUUUAGCAUCACGCGAAGUUGAACAAUCAUUAGCUGAACGAGAAACUUCUAAAUGUUUGGCAUGGUGUCAAGACAAUCGCUCAAAGUUACGCAAACUAAAAUCAACUAUGGAAUUUAAUCUCAGAAUUCAAGAAUAUGUUGAGCUUGUUCGUGCUGACAAACGAGUUGAUGCUGUGAGACAUGCAAGGAAACAUUUUUCAAAUUUUGAAGAUGAUCAGCUGCAAGAUGUUCAACACUGCAUGGCGCUCCUAGCUUUUCCUACAAAUACAGAGCUUUCGCCAUAUAAGGAGUUUUUGGAUGAAAAGCGCUGGGACCGAUUGAUUGAACAGUUUCGUCAUGAGUAUUACCGCCUUUUCCACAUGUCCAACCAAUCGGUGUUUACUGUGACUCUGGAGGCAGGGUUGUCUGCUCUCAAGACUCCUCAGUGUUAUCGGGGCACAAAAGAGAGAAGAAAUCCAAGUUGUCCUGUUUGCAAUGAGUCCUUCAAUGUUUUAGCAUCAUCUUUGCCCAUGGCUCACUGCUCACAGUCACGGCUGUUUUGUAGUAUAUCUGGCUUGCCACUCAAUGAGCACAAUCAACCUAUGAUGUUACCCAAUGGACAUGUCUAUGGCGAACAGGCCCUGCAACAAAUGGCUGCUGAUAAUAAUGGGAAUGUUAUCUGCCCCAAGACAAAAGAAUCUUUUCCAUACAAGAAGGUGGAGAAAGUGUUUGUCAUGUAAUGUUUUGCCAUACAAUAUUAUGUCAGAUGUUAGAGUUUAUUAAUUUCUUCCUUUUUUUCUUUUAUCUAUUUGUAAUUAUUGUUCUUCCCAUGUCAUUACAAUUAGGUUGUAUCUAUGGUAUAUGACUCACAUAUUUUAUUCUUUUAUGUUUUUUUGUUUGUUUUUUGUCUUAAAUGAAUUGAUUUUCAUUGUUGUUGUUGUUGCGAGAUGAAAUGAUAUUUCACACGUGCCAACAACUAUCUGAAACGUUUUUCUCAAACUCUUCCACUUGGCGUGUAAUGUACUGUUUCUCAAUAUAAAGUCAUUGUAUCGUAAUUAAGAAGUAAAUGCACUUAAAGUAUGUAGCAAAUUUAUUUGCAUUUCAUGUAUACAUUUGAUACUGUUAGUAAUAAUAAAUUCAGUGCUAUAUCUUUUA